UGUUGGUGCCUGUGGCAUGCCAUUUUAGAUGAAAUUGCGCGCAAUUUGCUGUGACGUAUUGCGAGUGUUGUGUGAAAGAUACGUAUUUUCAUGCUUCGUAUUUACAUAAAUUCCGUCUAGCUUUUUAACGGCAAUGGAGGACCGUCGUUAUUAACCAAGCGGAUUCCAAUGGAUCGCGCUUGUUUUUCGCUCGAGCUGUAAGAAAUGGAGGGAUAUCACGCGUUCUUGGCUUCCGAUAGUGUUUCCGACGAUACACACGUUACGUUGAAAAUAGUCAAUAGGGAGUGAUAUCGGGUGCGCUAUUGUCAAGCGGCUAUCGUAGACUCACGCGGAGCAACUGGUUGAGUCGGGCAGUGACUUGAAUUGCGUUUAUCCGAGUCUGUUGUUGGCUCUUUCUCCGAUAACAUUGGGUGAACAGUAAUUAUCAACCGAGAAUAUCCGCCGUAGCUUGACGAUCUCUGCGAGAAUGUUCGGGCAAACUGGAAAUACGUCGUUCAGUGGAUUUAAUACAGCAACGCAAAACAGUCCGUUCGGUCAAUCCGCAUUUGGUAAACCCAUUACUACAACAAGUUUUGGUAGUGGCGCAACACCCGUCUUUGGUAGUAGUACUUCACUCUUUAAUUCUAAGCCUACAGGUUCUACCACAGGUGGCUUGUUUGGCAAUACCACAACGCCACCAGCAUUUAGACAGCCAACUAGUACCCAACCAUCUUUUGGAGGCUUCGGAACGACGAAUACAAGCACCAACCUCUUCGGCACUCAGCAGAAUGCGACGUCAAAUCUUUUCGGCUCCAGUUCCGGAACUUCGGCGUUCGGCCAGGCGAACAAGCCUGCUGGUUUCAGCUUUGGCACGACGUCUGGAACCAAUCUGUUCGGGCAACCGCAACAACCCGCGCAACAAACCACUCCAUUCGGCCAACAGAACACCACCACGAAUACGAAUCUUUUCGGUACGAACACAGGCUUUGGUAACAGCAACACCACCACCACAGUACCAAUGGGCACUGUAGUGAAAUUCACACCUGUCGUAACAACCGAUUCCAUGUCCAAAAACGGGAUAUCGCAUAGUAUUUCGGCCCGUCAUUGUUGCAUCGUGGCUAUGAAGGAAUACGAUUCGAAGUCGUAUGAGGAAUUACGUUUCGAGGAUUAUCAAGUGGGGAGAAAAGGUCCGCAAAAUACUGGUCUCUUUGGAACACCGGCGCAGCCAUCGCCAUUCGGCAACACAACGGCUGGUACUAGCACAGCUGGUACAGGAUUUGGAUCGAUGACCGGAGGAUUCGGCACCACUAGCCAGUCGGGAUCGACCGGACUGUUCGGAAAACCCAUCACUAAUUUCGGAACACCAGCGACUACAACCAACAGCUUUGCGUUCAAUUCCACGUCCGGCACGAAUCUGUUCGGCACCAACUCUCAGGCGAAGCCCUUCGGCACAGCUGCACCAACGCCGCUUUUCGCAACCAGCAAUACCAACCAAACCGCUGGCACAGGUUUCGGCAUUAAUACCGGACAGAGCACCGGUUUUGGAUCGGCGUUUGGCUCUACGCAGCCCAACCAGAGCAUCGGACUGUUCAGUCAGAACAAGUCCGCCUUUAAUAUCCCAUCGACGUCGACCAGUACUGGUUUCACUGGUUUCGGCCAAGCUGCGUCGAACAACACCACUACACCGUUGUUUGGCAACAAAACAACCACUACCGGAUUUGGGACGACAUCUACGUUCGGCACAGCUGCACCCUCGGCGUUCGGAACCAACACGGGCUUCAAUUCCGGCCAGAACACCGGAUCCUCGUUGUUCAACUCGUCCUUCAAGCCAGCCGGACAAACGUCGGGAUUUUCUUUCGGGAACACAUCCACAUCCUCAACUGGACUUGGUACGAACACUGGUUUGAACCUGGGCGGUGGCACCUCGUUGUUCGGACAGCAAAAGCCAGGCAGCUUGUUCGGAAAUACCGGGAGUAACACGACCUUCAAUAAUCCUGGAUCUUUUGGAACCUCUACUUUCGGAACGAACUCCAAUAUGAUGUCCGGAUUAGGAACAAAUUUACUUAACGGAGGAAUGGCGUCAAAUCAAACGAAAACUGAUUCAGUACCGGUGCAUCAGCAGAUCUUGGCUCUCGUUUCAGCACCAUUCGGUGAUUCACCGUUGUUGAAGAAUCUUUUGCCAGCAUCUGGAAAAGCUGAAGAGCUGCUGAAACCUAUAAAUCCAACAUCGAAGAUGUUGAACAGCCCACAGUAUAAAGUUACCGCCAACAGUAGGUCUCCUAAAAUCAAAGCAAGGGCCGUCAGCGCAGUGCAAUUGUCCAAGAAAUCAUUGUUCGAUGGUCUAGAAGAGGAGGAUCCUGUGCUGUCCGAGGCUUUCCAGCCUCGGCCGAACGCGAAGCGUUUGGUGCUGCGCCCGAAAUCGGCGACGAAUUCUUCGAUCCCAUCUCCUACCGAAAAUGGGCCCUCGUCGAGGCCCACUAGUACAGACGAUAGUAGGUCGGACGUGUCAAAUGGAUACGUCAACACUGUCGAAAUUACCAACAAGGAAAAUCAUAGCCAAGAUAAUAAUCGACUUGCGAACGAUCGACGGUCGUCCACAUCUUGGUUGAAAUCGACAAUUCCGCGCAAGAGCAAAGUCCUGGACGACGAAUUGGAGGGACAAAAAUCGCCGUUCUCCGGAACGAACGCGACCGAGGAAAUGAACAAUACGGUGGCCGAGCUGAGGUCGCAACAUAAUACGCCGAAUUCGACGCUUUCCGAGACGUUUAAUUCGGUCGAAGUGCCGCACAAUUCUUCCACUCUCGCUGACAAGAGCUCUGCGAAUCUUACCAUGCAGAAUACAGAUUCGAGUCAAGACGCAGAAGAGAAUUCAUUUUCGGUGCUGCAGUCGAACUGGACUAUGAACAAGGCUAAAGUCACAUUGCGACGAGCUGGUUACUACACUAUUCCACCGAUCGAUAAAUUGGACGAUUACGUUCGCGGCGAAACAUGCGUCGUGCCGCACUUCACCAUCGGCCGCGAAGGCUACGGGAACGUGUACUUCCCGGACUCCUUCGACGUGUACGGCUUGAAUCUGGACGAAAUCGUUCACUUUCGGCACAAGGAGGUGAUCAUCUACCCGGACGACGACAAGAAGCCGCCGGUCGGUGAAGACCUGAAUCGCAAGGCGCAGGUCACGCUGGACAAGGUGUGGCCGCACGACAAGUCGCUGCACGAGCCGAUCACGGAUCCGCAGCGGCUCGCCGCGAUGAAUUACGAGGGCAAGCUGCGCCGAGUGUCUGCGAAGCACGACACCCGUUUCCUCGAGUACCGUCCGGAGACCGGUUCCUGGGUCUUCAAGGUCGACCACUUCUCCAAAUACGGUCUGAGCGACUCGGACGAGGACGACAGCCAGGCACCGCCGGCUUCAGAAGCGAAGAAGCUGAAGGGCUUGCCGGUGCCUCCGCAGAAAGGCGCGAACGCGGCCGGCAAGACCGAUCUCUCGACGGCUGCGGGCAAGGAGGCCAUGGUGAACGGAGCCACGGUGAAGAUAGGGAACGGCAAGCACCCGGAGGUCGAGAGCAAUUACCUGGGGGAGGCCUCGAUCGGCCGCAUGUUCGCUUCGCGCGACUACAGCUACGAGAAGCAGCAGGGGACGGCCGUUAGCCCGGUCGGCGACAACGCCCGAGUCGCCGGCACAGACAGCCACAAGCUGCAGCUCAUGAAGGCGAGCUUCUUCGACACCAACGACGACGACAUGGUCAACGACGAGCCGAACGCCGACAUACUGCCGUCCGUGCGCAAGACUCUGACCCGCUACUUCCCGGGCAGCCCCGAGACCAAGAGGGACGAAACGAUGACGGCGACGACGCCGUACAACGUCACUACCCUGCGCUCGAGCUUCAUCGCGAGCGAGAUGUCGCCGCUCUUCUCGAGCCAGGAGAGCGCGCUCUACUCGUUGAGCGUCAAGCAGCAGCCACCGCGCGUGAUCAGCGGCGCGAAGGCCGUCCUCGAGUCUCGGGAACUUCCGAUCGUCGAGCGGGCGAUCCUACCGCCGGUGGUCUCACCGGUGACCAGCGUGCUCAAGUACCACUUCGAGGUGGUGCCGCUCCAGGAGUCCCGCUUGAACGAGCUGCGAUUCCGCUGCGUCGCCGACACCGGCGUGCAGAUGGGCAGGAUGUUCCGGCCGAGCUGGGGAGUCGGUCUGACGCUGUUGUCGCUGAGCACUCAGAAACAAGCGAAGGACAUGGAGCUGGAGAACGCCUUCAGUAAGCUAGGCAGCUACGUGUCUGGCCGUCUGGCCGACGAUACCUCGUCAACCGCGAUCGUGCAGCGACUGCAGAUCUUGGGCGGCGACAAAGACGACGUAAAGACCUUCAAGGACAGUAUAGACCGCCACUUGCGGAUCCAACUGGAGCACUGCGUGAUCGGGCAGGAGAGCGACUGUCCGAUCUUCGACGUGUCCCUGAACACCGCGGUCGAGGCGUUGCGGCUCCACUGCAGCUUGGCGCAGGAGCUCGCGGACAAGGAGCAGAGGGGAGCGGCCGAGGACGCGAUGGUCGCCGACGAGCAAGGGUACCAGGCCGGCAGCGCCGAGCGGUCGUUCCGCCAAUACGCGAGCGUCGUGUGGAAGCUGUGCGUGGCGCUGUGGGGCGACCAGCUCGACCACGAGUCCCUCGUCGACGACGGCGAGCAUCACAACGAGAUGGCGAGGAGGGAGGCGAUAGGCGAGUGGCUGAAGAGCGUCGUGCAGAAGACGGUCGAGCGGGAGACGAAGAGCGUAUACGGCGACAACGAGAAGGUAAUCCUCUCUUUAUUGUCCGCCUGCAAGCUGGAGGACGCCUGCCAGUUCGCGCGCAACGCCGGCGACCAUUGCCUGGCGUUGCUGAUGGCGCAGCUGCGCAGCGGGAUACCCGUGAAGGAGCUGAUCAGGCAGCAGCUGGCUCUCUGGCAGGAGACCGACGUGGACAAGAACCUCACGGUCGAGCGGCUCAAGCUCUUCAUGAUCGUGGCGGGCGAGCCGCUGAUCGUCAGCAAACACCACGGCACCAUCAACGUGUGCGAGAACCUCGACUGGGAGCGGGCCUUCGCCAUCCACCUGUGGUACCUGUCGUCGCCUACCUGCUCGAUCAGGGACGUCCUCGACCUCUACGAGGCGUCGUUCAACACGACCGAGAGCGAGUACGCGGCGGCGCCCGAGCCCGAGUACCGAGGCAGCGACUACGACGCCGAGAUCAGCAACGGCAGGCGGAUAUACGACCUCUGCUUUCAUCUUUUGAAGCUCUACUGCACCGGGAUUCACGAUCUCGGCGAGCUGCUGAAUCCGGCAUCCUACACCGCGAAUCCGCUGGAUUACAGGCUGAGCUGGCUGAUACAACAGCUGCUCGUGGGCCUGGGCUACAAGCACUUGGCCGACCACGUGUUCGCGUUGACGCACACGAACUUCGCCACGCAGCUGGAGGCGCACGGACUGUGGCACUGGGCGAUCUUCGUGAUGCUGCAUCUACGCGACUCGGCUAGGCGACGAGCCGCCGUGCAAGACCUGCUGCUGCGCCACAUAGAGAUAGACGUAAAGGUAGACGACGAGAACCUGGAGUACGCGCAGCGUGAGCAGUUCCUGAAGGAGGAGCUCGGCAUCUCGUCGGUCUGGAUUCACCAAGCCAAGGCCAUUAAGAGUAGAAUCAACAGGAGGUAUGGCGAAGCGGCCUGGUACUAUAUACAGGCGGAACAAUGGAACCAGGCUCACGAGAUCAUUAUAGAACACUUGGCAGCCGACGCUAUAAUAAACGAGAAUUACGAAUAUUUAAAGUCUUUGCUGAACCCAUUAGUACCAGUUGAAUGUAGUAGCACUAUCAGUGGAUGGCCGCAUCAAGGACAGCUUCUGUGGGAGUACAUGGAAAUAACUAGCGAAAUACAAAGCCUGCUGCACACGUCGGAUUUCUGCGGGAUCACGUAUCAGCUGGAAGCGCUAAAGCCGCGACUGACGUCUCUCUGUCUCAACAUCGAUCAGUUCCCGUGUCCAACCGCUAAACACAGAUUGUGUCAAGCUGAAAUCGCGAAGAGGACUCUGCACUUGGCUAGAAAUCUGUUGAUGCUGCAGAAGAACGACAGCAGGUCCGUCACGAAGCUAUUAGUCCGUCUGAUAUCGCAGCUACCCUUGCCCGAGGAUUACGCGCAACAAGAGCUCCGACCUAUCGUUAAUAUGCGUGUGACCGAAGUGAUGUCACAGUGAAUACGAACAUGCAGACAUACACAUAUACACAUACUGACACAUGUACUCACAUAUAUACACAUACACAUAUUGUUCAUUCAUAUAUAUAUAUAUAUAACACGAGUUAAUUUAAGCAUCGCAUGGAUUGUUGUUGGAAAGUUUUUACAUAUUGUUAUUCGCGACAGAGGAGUCAAUUUUUAUUUUUCUUCAGCAAGAUACAAUCGUGCACGUGAAGCAAAUACACGAGAGGCUUGAUAAAAUAAAUAGAACACGUCGGACAGCGAGCGAGCCGCAUACGAGCGGCUCGUGCAGAGUAGACUUGUAAAGCUGAAAAAUUGUUAAACGAACACUUGGUAAAACAUAUUAAACAUGUGAUAUACUAUUUAAGUGUUUCUUACAUUUUUAUCGAUUCGCACAAAAUUAUAUAUUGAGCGAUCCGCGGAGUAAUUGUGUAAACGAGCGCGAUGUGACCGAGGAUUAAUGCCGGUAAUAAUUUCGCCGAAUUAAUUAACCACCACGUGUCAAUGAUUUAUUUUAUUCGUUAGUCAAAAUGAAACGCGAGAAUUUCUCCACUUCUCGAGAUUGUACCGGUAUCAAUCGUCGGAUGUAACAGCUGUAAUGGAGGUCUUCAGUUGUGGGAAAGAGGCGGUAGAUUGUCUUAGGCGAAAACUCUUUCUGUAUACAUUUCUGCCAAGUGUUUUUUUUUGUCUUUUUUAAUGUAGAAUAUACCGUUUUUAAUGUAGAAUAUACUUAUAUAUAAAUAUAGGAGGGAAGAAAAAAACUCGCAUCGACGAGCACACCUUACGAAACGCUUCGAUGCAUAGUUGGAUGUCGUAUAGUGGAUAAAAAAGGUAUUUGCUGCAAUGUGACCUUAUUCUCAGCUUAUUAAUAAAAAUGAUAUAUUCUGGUAGAAGCUGUGUGUGUGUAGCGAUAUUUUUCUCUCGAUGUGAAUCAUUUCCGAACAAAAAAAAUAACAAGGAAGUUGAAGCGUGCAAAUGCUUCUUUUACCCACUAUAAUAUAUAUAUAUAAAUAUAUGUAUACAUAUGCGAAGAGUAUUAAUUUGCACUAUAUUAUGCGACGUGAGUCAGAUAAUAUGUGUAAAAUCCCUGUCUCUCUUGCAUUCCGGUCAUUCCGUUAAGUUUGUAAUUUCUUUUGACGAAGUUUAAAUACCGAGUACCACUGACAAAUGUAAUUAGCAAGUGUAAAAAUGGUUUACUCAUAUAUAAUAUAAAAUACGAUAGACUUGUAAAUUAUAUUAAUGCUCGAAGUGGAAGUAUAUUUUACGGGCUUGUCAAGAGACAGAGAUAGGGAGAAAGAAAGAGGGAGAGAGAGAGAGGGAGGCGUAAUGAUACUGCAUGCAACACAAAGUUUUCUACUGUUGUACGAACAGAUAAUAUUACAGAAAAAAUACCGAAUAUAUAGUAGGAUUACGUAUUCCAGGAGUGGGAAAUUGCGUUAUGUAUAAGGAGUAUUUGUAUAAACGAAACCGAAUUUUCACUCUUUUAAAGUUGAAAUAAAUAAAUGCCAUAUA